AUGAAGUUCUCCCUCGCCGCCGCCACUGCUCUCUUCGCUGGUGCUGCCGUCGCCCAGAACGUCGCCAUCGCCCACCCACCUGCGGGCGCUUCAAUGACCAGCGGUCAAAACUUCACUGUCCAACUUAACAAAGCGAACUCGCUCUCCCCAUCCUCGGACAUCGCCGUUGUCAUCGGCCUCAACUCGUGUACAUCUGGCGCCUGCCCCGACCCUUCGCAGGAGAUCGGCUACGUCCUCUACAGCGGCCCGUUCAGCCCGUCGCAGUCGGACGACCCCGCUCUGCCCCCAAACCAGAACUUCACCGUCCAGAUCCCACCGGCGUACCAGGGUGGCCAGUACCAGAUCGCGUGUGCACACUUUUCGCUCAUCGGGGUGAGUAUAUGCGCGCCGUAG